CCGGCCCAGUGAAGGCCCGGGAGGCAGCGCGCGCGGCCUGGCGGCCGGGACGCCGAGGGUCUGGUCAGCCUUCUCUCGCUCCCGAGCCCCGGGCGUCGCGGCGGGCCUCCGCACUUCCUCGCCCGGCUCUCCGCCUGCCCGGCCCUCGCGGCGCCCCAAGCCCGGGGAGGAGCUGCCGUCGGAGACAGACGCCCGGGCCUCCGGGCAGCGCCCCAGCCCCCCGCCGGCGGGGUCCAGUCUUCCGCGGUUGGGUCUGACUUUUUCCUAACUCGGAGCGAGAGCCCGGCGCCCCUUUGCCUCGCGUUCUCCCGAAGCGCCGGGCGGAGGAGAAGUGAUGCCACCAAGAAAAAAUGAGAAAUACAAGCUUCCUGUUCCACUUCCAGAAGGCCAGGUUCUAGAUGAUACUGAAGGAAAACAGUGGAUACUGGGCAAGAUGAUUGGCUCUGGAGGAUUUGGUUUGAUAUAUUUAGCUUUCCCCACAAAUAAACCAGAUAAAGAUGCAAGACAUGUAAUAAAAGUGGAAUAUCAAGAAAAUGGCCCAUUAUUUUCAGAACUUAAAUUUUAUCAAAGAGCAGCAAAAAAAGACUCUAUCAAAAAAUGGAUAGCACUCAAACAACUUGAUUAUUUGGGAAUUCCUCUGUUUUAUGGAUCUGGUAUUACUGAAUUCAAGGGAAGAAGUUACAGAUUUAUGGUAAUGGAAAGACUAGGAAUAGAUUUGCAGAAGAUCUCAGACCAGAAUGGUACUUUUAAAAAGUCAACUGUCCUGCAGCUAGGUAUCCGAAUGUUGGAUGUACUGGAAUAUAUACAUGAAAAUGAAUAUGUUCAUGGUGAUAUAAAAGCAGCAAACCUACUUUUGGGUUAUAGAAAUCCAGAUCGGGUUUAUCUUGCAGAUUAUGGACUUUCCUACAGAUACUGUCCCAGUGGGAACCACAAGCAGUAUCAGGAAAAUCCGAGGAAAGGCCAUAAUGGGACAAUAGAGUUUACCAGCUUGGAUGCCCACAAGGGAGUAGCCCUGUCCAGACGAAGUGACCUUGAAAUCCUCGGCUACUGCCUGCUGCGGUGGUUAUGUGGGAAACUGCCCUGGGAACGGAACCUGAAGGACCCUGUGGCUGUCCAGACUGCUAAAACAAAUCUGCUGGAUGAGCUCCCUGAGUCAGUGCUUAAAUGGGCUCCUUCCGGAAGCAGUGAAAUAGCGCAGUAUUUGCUGUGUGCUCGUGAUUUAGCAUACGAUGAAAAGCCAAACUAUCAAAUGCUCAGGAAAAUUCUGAAUCCAGAUGGAAUGCCAUUAGGACCACUGGAGUUUUCCACUAAAGAAGAGAGCUUAAAUAUGCCUGCUCCAAACAAUCCAAAGGUUGAUUCACGAAAGGCUACAACAAAGCAAGUCAAUCAGAUGCAAAAUAGGUUAAUAGGAAAACAAGGCCCCAGUGAGAGAAGUGCCGAGUCCUGCGCAGCGCGGAGAAGAGUUCAGGGAGAGGAGGAGCCUUCGGGGCUGCCCAGCCGUGACCCGCCGCAGAUUGUAAAUUAUUUAAGAAAUGGCCUACUUACUGGUUUCAAAGAACCAGUCAAAUUAACCAGAUUUGGUUGUUUGAUGUUGGAAAGCACAAGGAGAAGACAAAAAUACUGUGAGUCUCAAGAAUGUCUGAAUGCAGUAAAAAAUUCUCCACAAAUAUCCAGCUGUGUACAACUCCCAAAUUCAUUUUAUGAACCCCAUCAAUAUUUUACCAGUCCAGAUAUGUUCAGUAAGUCAAGAUCUCCAUCUUGGUACACAGACGCUUCUACAACUGAUAUGGAGGUCACAGAAUUAGAAAGUUCUACAGGACUCUGGCAUACUCUUAGUGAAGAGACAAAAUCAGAUGUAUAUUAUUAUGGCAUCACCAUUGUUUUUCUUUUCAUAUUAGUAUGUCUUGCUUUAUACUUUCUCUGAAGAUAUCAAAUAAAAUCCUUUUUAAGGUUUCCA